AUGCCUCCAGCACCAGAUUCACAUACUCCUCAUCGCUGCAGCAGCAGCAGCAGCAGCAGCAAAAGCAGCAGCAACAGCACCAGCAGCAGCAGUAGAAGUAGCAGUAGCAGCAGCAACAGCAACAUUAGCAGCAGCAACAGCAGCACCAGCAGCAGCUGUAGGAGCGCCAAUAAUGCAUGCAACAACGCUAACACAGCAAAAGCAGCAACAGCAGCAGCAGCAGCAACAGCCGUAGCAGCAGCAACAGCAGCAGCAGCAGCAACAGCAGCAGCAGCAGCAGCAGCAGCAAACCUUGAUGAUGAUAAGACAGCCUUCCGCAGCAGACAUCUCGCCAGGUCAGCAGCAGCAGCAGAACUAGUAGCAGCAGUAGCAGCAGCAAAAGUGUUAGCAGCAAGCAGCAGCAGCAGCAGCAGCCCAACUGUUAGCAGCAGCAGCAGCAGCCCAACUGUUCCCAGCAGCAGCAGCAGCAGCAGCAGCAGCAGCAGCAGCAGCAGCAGCAGCAGCAGCAGCAGCAGCAGCAGCAGCAGACCUGUUAUUGUUUAUGAGUGCUAUGGAGAGCUCAUAGCAUGCACGCGGGUCUCGGGGCCUCAACGCACUGAACCACCAGCAGCAGCAGCAGCAGCAGCAGCAGCAGCAGCAGCAGCAACAGCAACAACAGCAGCAGCAGCAGCAAACAACAACAGCAGCAGCAACACCAGAAGAUAA